GCGGAAAUACUGAACCACAACAUGUCAGGAAGAAUUAUCCACAGUAAUCAGAGUUUGGUGCUUCAGAAAGUGACAAGGCAGAGUGCUGGUCGAUACAGAUGUUCAGUGGUUAAUUCUGAGGGUGAAACUGUCAGCGAUGAGCUCGACUUCAGAGUACAAUACGCUCCCAUCUGCAAGAGCGACAAGAUCAUCGUGGUGGGCGCUUCCAGGAGUGAGAGUGUUGACAUAGCGUGCGUAAUCGAGUCUGACCCGCCCGCCAAGUCUUACCGCUGGAAGUUCAACAACUCGGGCGAGACCAUCGACGUAGCGGCAGAACGCUUCGCCAAAACGAGCAACGGCAGCACUAGCGUGCUGCGCUACACGCCGGUCUCCGAGCUGGACUAUGGCUCGCUGUCGUGCUGGGCGAGCAACGAGGUGGGGCACCAGGUGGAUCCGUGCGUGUUUCAGUUGGUGGCUGCAGCAGAUCUCUUGCAUGAGAGGUGCCGAAUUUAUUGGAACUUCUCAUUCCCCACCCUCAGGCAAAUACAAGCUAACAAGCCUGAUAUAGUCCUCCUCGACCAUCACUCCAAAGCGAUGUUUGUGAUAGAGUUUUCGGCGCCAGCCGAACCGAACAUCGUUUUGAAGGAGGGGGAGAAACGGACUAAAUAUCGAGAUCUUCUCUUCGAACUCCGCAGGCUCUAUCCAGACCAUUCUGUGGAAUUGGUCAUCCUGAUAAUCGGCUCCCUAGGAAGCACACGACACACGCUGCUCUCGGAAAUCCAGAAAACCCCAGCGUGCCGUGAUAAGGCACACAUCCUGACUGGUGGAAUGCAGAAGGCCGUCAUACUUGGAUCAUUGCGUUCACUCAGGGCACACGGUUCUUGA